CCCAGUGCUACCGCGGAACCAUAGAGACGCCCCCACCCCCGGAAGCGGAAGUGCCGUGCGGCGGGAGGAGAGCGGCGGCCGGUAUCGGGCUGAGGGGGGGGGGUGUCCCGGUUUCCCCCCGUUCCGCUCCCUCCCCCCCCGCAGCCCAUGGCGGACCCGUCGCUGCUGUCGGCCGAGCUGGAGGCGGAGCUGGGGGGGGAUGACGAGACGCUGCGGCGGCUCCUGCUGCAGGUGACGCAGGACGAUGAGGACCCCCCCCCCACGACCCCCUCCCGCGCUGUCACCCCCCAGCCAGGGCUGUGCGUGAAGACCCGGGCGGGGGGGGCCAAGGUCUUUGUCAACGUCUGUCACUCACGGGAGGUGCCCCCGCCACCCCCGCUGUCCCCCCCCGGGCUGCAGCGGCUCCUCCACGCUCCCCCCACGGCUGCUGGGGCCUUCCGCAUCCCCAUGAGCCUGGGGGAGCCCCACGCCGAGCUGGACCGCGCCGGCCAAGGCUGCACAGCCUACGAUGUGGUGGUGAAUUCGGGAUUUUUCCGCACCCUCCAGGCUGACCCCCUGUACCUGGAGUUCUUCCUGACGGUGGCCAUGGAGGGGUUGUCAGAGAAGUACGGGGUGGAACUGGAGCUGACUGGCUGGCGGGUGCUGCAGAACCGCAAGUUCAUGGGCUCCAUCUCAGCCCAGAAUAUCCGGGCGCGGCCCCGGCCCCACAUCCAAGAGCUGGAGGGAUCCCCACAGCAGCUGCCGCCCCCCCCCAGCCCCCCAGGGCCCCCCCAGUUUGUGGUGGUGGCCGAGCCCUCAUCCCAGCACCCCCAGGUGCUGCAGGCACGCGUCCUCCUGCCCCAUGCCACAGGGGCGGGGUCCCUGUGGGUGGGGCUGAGCGAGGAGAGGCUGGUGCUGGGGGGGGGGGGGGCGGCCCCCCUCCUGCAGCUGGGGCUGCCCCUCCCCCCCGACCCUGCCCGCUGCCACGCCCGCUUCCACCGACGCACCAAGGUCCUCACCGUGACGAUGCCGCUGCGGGCGUGAGGGGCCCCGUUUCCGCGUGUUUUGUGCAAAAACCGGCAAAUAAAGCGUGAUCCGAGGGUG